CGCUGUACAGGGAGUAUAAUGCGCAGAACGCAGUGCAAAUAAACUUUGUUCUAGUCAACUAUGUGUUAAUUAAUCCGGUUUUGCAACUCAACAACUGGCCGUGUCACAAGGCUGGAUUCCUUAUUAGCCCAAGACAGAGAUAGUGCGUGCUCAUUCUGUUCCCAAGGGCGUUGACGAACCAUUGCUUCUUGCUGCAGCCCUAGCCUCUUCAGAUUAAGGUAGUAACAUGGAUACCGCACCCGUCGCGCCAAAGCCUAUGGCGCUUCAUUUAUUAGAAGAAAUUACAAAUGGUUUCUCCCGGGAACGGAAACUUGGUGGUGGCACGUAUGGAGAUGUUUACCUGGGUAAGCAUAAAGAUGGAGAAAAUAUUGCUGUGAAGGUGCUUAAAGACGGUCUGGACCUUGAUGAUGUGCAAUUUGAGAAGGAGUAUCACAACCUUGCAAGUCUUCACCACAAAAAUGUUGUCCGGUUAGUUGGAUAUUGCCACGAAACUAAGAAAGAAUGUCUACCGUACAAUGGAAGGAUGGUUUUUGCUGAUAAGACUAAGAGGAUACUUUGCUUCGAUUAUAUGCACAAUGGAAGCCUUGACAGUUUUAUUUAUGAUGAAUUUAAUGCCCGUAAUUGGUGUACACGCUAUGCGAUAAUUAAGGGGAUAUGCGAGGGCUUGGAAUACCUUCAUGAGAAAUUAAAACCUCCUCUAUACCAUUUAGAUUUAAAACCAGCCAAUAUAUUGUUGGAUGAUAACAUGUCUCCAAAACUCGCAGAUUUCGGCUUAUCAAGGCUGUUCUUAGAAGAAAGAACAAAAAAGACAAAAAAUGAUAUAGGAACAAUUGGGUACGUACCACCAGAGUACAUAGAUGCGGGUUUGAUCUCCAUUAAGUUUGAUAUAUUCAGUUUGGGUGUACAUGUAGACUGGAUGAAUAGGCUACAAGCGACCCUAAUUAACGCAUAUUCUAUACAAAUAAGGAGAUGCAUUGAAAUAGCUUUAAGCUGUGUCAAAGCUAAUCGAGACCAAAGACCAAGUAUUGGGGUAAUCGUCAAUACUCUUACUAAGACAGAAGCUUUGAUCCAGAUUCCUGACGCAUUAAGAAAUGACUCGGCCUCAUCGAUUAACCAGGUGCAACCUCCGAUGAUAUGA